CUGUCGCACAUUCCCUGCGACUAAGCCACAGGGAGCGAGUUCCCUCCGUUCGCGCUGAGGGGCAGGAAACGACGAGUGGCGGUUUUUUGCCCGAGGCUGGAGCUAGAGAGUCGCCCCGAAAAGGCGGAGGCGAAGUUGGGCGGAGCGGCUGCCUGAGCUUUCUUCUUGUCGGGCCCCGCCGCGGACACACGAGGGGACGGAGGGAGAGGCCACUGAGCAGGGGCCGAGGAGGGUCUCGCCAUGGCGAUCCGCAAGAAGACUAACAAGAACCCUCCCGUGCUCAGCCACGAGUUCGUCGUGCAGAACCAUGCGGACAUCGUCUCUUGCAUGGCCAUGGUCUUCCUGCUGGGGCUCAUGUUCGAGGUUACAGCCAAAGCAGCUGUUGUCUUUGUUACCCUUCAGUACAAUAUUACCAUUCCUGUUACAGAAAACCAGCCUACAGAAACAGUGACAUUAUAUCAUUAUGGUAUCAAAGAUCUGGCUACUGUUUUCUUCUACAUGCUAGUGGCAAUAAUCAUACAUGCUGUUAUUCAAGAAUAUGUGUUAGAUAAAAUUAACAGGCGAAUGCACUUUUCCAAAACAAAACACAGUAAAUUCAAUGAAUCUGGACAACUCAGUGCAUUUUACCUUUUCUCUUGCGUCUGGGGAACAAGCAUCCUUGUGUCGGAAAACUAUAUAUCAGAUCCAACAUCACUCUGGAGAGACUAUCCACACACAUCAAUGCCGUUUCAAAUGAAGUUCUUUUAUAUCUCACAGAUGGCAUACUGGUUUCAUGCCUUUCCAGAAUUCUAUUUUCAGAAGAUAAAAAAAGAAGACAUUCCUCGCCAGCUUGUUUACAUUGGACUAUAUCUUUUCCAUAUCACUGGAGCUUAUCUAUUAAAUUUGACCCAUCUUGGUCUUGUUCUUCUUGUGUUACAUUACUUUGUGGAGUUUCUGUUCCAUAUCUCCAGACUAUUUUACUUCAGUGAUGAAAAACAUCAAAAAGGGUUUACAUUGUGGGCUGUUCUUUUUGUUUUGGGAAGACUCCUGACCUUAAUUCUGUCUGUCCUUACUGUUGGAUUUGGCCUUGCUAGAGCAGAAAAUCAAACUUUGGAUUUUAGUACUGGAAACUUUAAUGUGCUGCCAAUCAGAAUCAGUGUGCUGGCGUCAAUCUGUUUAACACAGGCCUUUAUGAUGUGGAAGUUCAUUAAUUUCCAAUUAAGACGGUGGAGAGAACAUUCUUCACCUCCUCAACCAGUGAAAAAGAAGUUUAUGACAACAAAAGGCAAGCCAUCGAAAAAAGAAAGAGAAAAUGGAAUCAAUGGAACAUUAACCUCAAAUGGAGCAGACUCGCCUCGCAACAGAAAAGAAAAAUCAUCUUAAAACAGAACUUUAUUAAAUUAAUUGACUAAUAUCCCCAAAGAGAACUGCUUUUUACUUGGAAAGUCCUUCAACACCAUAGUUCCUACUGUUAACAAAAUAUAUAUAUAAUAAAAUUAAUGCCUUUUUGAUUAUUGA